AUGACCGAACGACAGAUGGACGUCUUCGAGUUGAAGCUGCAGGACGCGGCAGUGGAUCUGAAGACCAAGGGAACUCUGCUCACUGAGCUGCGCGACCAACUCGAGGUUCUGUGUCAGCCGCCGACAUACAGCACCUUCUUGGCUAAGUUCAUUCCCAUCUUUCUGAACAUCCUCAAUGGUCCGCCUGUCUUCACAUCAACGUCGCCGGAGCAGCGAGUGCGACAAUGUAUCCUGGAGAUCAUUCAUCGCAUGCCGUUGGCCACGGACAACGCGGCAAUGGAACCUUACGCAGAGAAGAUUGUGGACAAGGGCUUGGAAUUGGUCAGGACGGAGAACGAGGACAACUCUGUGCUGUGUCUAAAGAUUGUUAUGGACUUCUGCAGAUAUCACACCAAGACGCAGGCUGUGGCAGAAAAGGCUCAGCCAUUCCUCGACUUGAUCGUUGAGAUCUUCAAGAGCAUGCCAAACACAGUGACAGAUACUUUCGAGUCUACUACUCCGGUCAAUGCUGCCACUGGGGCAGCACCUGGGACUCCGAACAAUACUGGCACACCUGGCUCGCCUGUAGCUUCGGCUUCACAGUCGUUGGCUGCAGAUCUCGGUGCAGAGCAGCAGACAAAUCGACCACUGGCGAAGGGCAUGCACAGCUUCAAGGUCGUGGCAGAGUGUCCCAUCAUAGUAGUCUCGAUUUUCCAGGCUCAUCGAGCUCUGGCGCCGAAGAACGUUCGAAACUUCACGCCACUGAUCAGAGACACUCUACUUCUUCAGGCAGGACCGCAACGAAAAGCGCACGAAGAAGCUGUGCAGAACAAUACUGUGUUUACGGGGGUGGCUCGUGAGAUUCGGCAAAAGCAACAGAGUGCUGCCUUCGGCGACAUGAUCACUGCUCAGGUCAAGACGAUGUCAUUUCUGGCAUAUCUUUUGCGUGCGUACAAGGAGUCGCUCAACGAGUUUCUGCCGUUGCUACCAGACUUGACUGUACGGUUGCUACGGGAUGUCCCUAGAAGUCAUACCGCGACUCGCAAAGAGCUACUGGUCGCCAUUAGACACAUCAUCAACUUCAACUUCAGGACCGUGUUCUUGCCAGUGAUUCUGCCACUGCUGGACCCACGCACGCUGGUAGGCGACUCGCUCACCGCGGACGCAGCUUUACGACCACUCGCAUACACGAUGCUGGCUGAUCUCAUCCAUCACGUAAGGGAGCAGCUGACCCCUGAGCAAAUCGCACGAGUCGUCCAAGUAUAUGUGCGCAACAUGACUGGAGACGAUGGCGUCGACGUUCCGGGUACUAGCUAUCAGACUAUGAGCGCGAAGCUGCUUCUCAACAUGGCGGAGUGCAUGUCUAAGCUUGAAGAUAAGAGAAAUGCUCGUUUCCUUAUGAUGAGCGUACUCAAUGGCAUUGCGGACAAGUUCGCCGCGAUGAAUCGAGCCUACCCAAACGCCGUAAAACUCUAUCGCCAGCAACAGAGUACCUCUGGCACAGAUGCGCAGGCACCCGAACAGUACCUCGCAGACAAGGAGUCCAAGCCUGACUGGGACGAGACCGACAUAUUCAGCGCAAUGCCGAUCAAGGCUGUCAGUCCCAAGGACAGAGCGAUGGACCCGGUUUCGGAGAACAAGUUCCUGUUCAAGAAUCUGCUGCAGGGACUUAAGCAGUUCUUCUACCAGCUACGGAACAGCAAUCCGCCCAAGAUCAAAGAAGAGGUCGAUGUCGCUAGUGCGCCACCCCACUGGGGCGAGCUCUCUUCCGGUUUUGAGGCGGAAGAGGUUGAGGUACUGAUCAAGCUGUUCCGUCAGGGCGCGAAGUGCUUCCAGUAUUAUGCACCUCUGGACUCGACUGAUGGAAAUGCUGCUCCUGCCGAGCCCAGCUCUAGCCUGUCUACAACCGCCAACUCCAAAGAAGAGAAGGAUUUACUGGAGACAUUUGCUACAAUUUUCCAUCACCUGGAUCCAGCAACAUUUCACGAGAUCUUUACCUCUGGCAAGCCAUCAGGUAUCGAGUUCUUGUACGAGCAGAGUUUCAAGCACUCUGCUCUGCUACACAUCCCGCAGUUCCUGCUUGCGAGUGAGGCUACCAGCCCGGCGUUCUGCGGUAUGCUGCUCAAGUUCCUCAUGAGUAAGCUUGAAGAGGUUGGCGAGAAAGACUCUGCUAAGACCUCAGUCCUGCUUCGCCUAUUCAAGUUGAGCUUCAUGGCGGUGACCCUUUUCUCCCAGCACAACGAGGGUGUGCUACUACCGCAUGUUCGUGAGCUCAUCACGAGGUCGAUCGAGCUCUCCGUGACAGCUGAGGAACCCACAAAUUUCUUCCUGCUUCUGAGGUCUCUCUUCCGCAGCAUCGGAGGCGGGCGUUUUGAGCACCUCUACAAGGAAAUCCUUCCUCUGCUGGAGAUGCUACUCGAGGUGCUGAACACGCAACUCGCGGCAGCACCAGACGGUACGACAAGAGAUCUGUUCGUCGAGCUAUCUUUGACGGUCCCGGCACGACUUAGUCAUUUGUUGCCUCAUCUGUCAUAUCUCAUGAGACCACUUACUGUGGCCUUGCGCUCGGGAGACGGGACUUCUCUACCGAGCCAGCGUGCGUACUCCAAUGAUCGCUCGUCCAACGACGCGAGAGGUCCCGGAUCCAGUGAGCUCACUGCACAAGGUCUACGGACUCUCGAACUCUGCGUGGACAAUUUGACCGCUGAUUACCUCGAUCCGAUCAUGCAGCCAUGGAUGGAGGAAAUUAUGGGAAGCUUGUGGCGCAUGCUCAAGCCUGCAAGCCUGACGAGCACCAGCGUCAACAAUAAUGGCGGACAAAUAGCUGUUGGCACCGGUCAUCAUGGAGCACAUACUGCGGUCCGUAUUCUUGGCAAGCUCGGCGGCCGCAACAGGCGUUUCCUGACCAAUCCUCCGGAUCUUGAUUGGAGAUCGUACGCUGACGAUGAAGCGAGUUUCGAUGUUCGCUUCAUCGGCUCGCUUAGCAACGGCGGCGAGCGAGCGAUGCCAGCUCGGCUUGGUAUAGAUACAGCAAUCGACAAGCUAUGGGAGUCGCCAAAGACCGCCGUUCAGAAGAAGUCGGACGAUUUUCACAAGCGGCAAUCCUUCAAGUUCAUCAUAGCCCAUGUCAAGCUCCUGGUCGGAGCAGACAACCUUCCAGAUGAUAUGGCACGACUCGUACGACUGCAAGCUGAAGAUCUGGCGACCAAGAACUUCGACUUCGGCUCAGAUCUCUUUUCGUCGUCAGAACGUGUCAAGUCGACUGCGAAGAGAGAUGCGCAACAGCACACCUUGUUGAAGCUCCUCAAAGCUCUUUUCUUCGCCACCAGCAUUGAUAUACUUCGAGAUGAUGCCGAGAAAUUCCUCCAAGGGAUAUAUCGACAUUUUAUGCUGAUCGAGCUUGCAACUGCUGUUGCCCGACAGAAACACAACAAGAGGGCCUUCGAUGUGAAAGCUGGCGAAGGACCAGUGUUUGUAGAGGCCUCGAUCCUCGCAGAUGCCAUUUGCGAAAGCUUAGCAUCGGAGAGAAAAGAGGUGAGGGACUCUGCAGAGGCCGCCAUGAAAGUAUGCUUCAAGAUAACGGCGACAAUCUUUGGCUCCGAAGAAAAAGCUGAAACACUGCCUUUCUUUACAAAGCUGGCCGACAGUCUGAACCAUGCCUGCUACGAAGAAGAGUGGUUCACGAAAUCAUCGGGUGCACUUGGCAUUACCAUCAUGGUCGACAAAGAGAGGAUGGCAUUCUCGGAAUCGUGGAUCACGGAGCGCAUCACAACCAUGCUGCAGGCGCUUCUGUACGUCAUUAAGGAUAUGCCGCAGGAUCUUCCCGCCAGUAUUCGCGUGCAAGCUAAGGAUACCAUCGUCAGCUUGAUUAAGCGAUACGGCGCGAGUGGACUCGAGAAGAAGGGCGACUUCGAGAGCAAGGACAGCAAGCUGUAUCGCAUGGCUAGCGCCCUUGUAGCUGAAGUCAGUCAUAUGAACCGCCAUGUUCGAGAGGCUGCACAGCUCGCUUUGCGUACGCUUGCCUCUGUGUUUGACAUGGCGCUACAUGAGCUCCUCACACCAGUCAAAGACACGCUUACGAUGGUCAUCUUCGUGAAGCCCCUACGUGCGCUGCCAUUCGCUGCCCAAAUCGGGUACAUUGAAGCCAUCAACUUCCUGCUGGAGGUUCCACAAGACAAGGAGAUUCUGCCAUUCGACGAGAACCUGAAUCGACUUUUGACAGAAGCGUUAGUACUCGUGGAUGCGGACGACGAAAACCUUGCGCCGAAGCCGUACGAAUACCGCACCGCAGAGUCGAUCGUGCGACUUCGUGUUGCUGGACUCAAGCUGCUUACAACCGCGAUUAAGCUUCCUGGAUUCAGUCCGAACCUACCGUCUACGCAGCCGCAGGGUCAAGGCCAGCAACAACAAGGUAACCAGCAUCGAGCCCGGGUUAUCAGCAUUUUCUUCAAGUCACUUUACAGCAAGAACAAGGAAGUCGCUGCCGCUGCGAACGCAGGACUCAAGAUUGUGCUCCAGUCGACCUCAAAGCUGCCCAAAGAUCUCCUACAGAAUGGCCUCCGACCGAUACUGAUGAACGUCCAGGACCCGCGCAAGCUCUCUGUUGAAGGCCUAGAGGGUCUUCGAACACUGCUGCAACUGCUUCACAACUACUUCAAAGUCGAGAUAGGGACGCGCCUACUUGACCACAUGAAGCAUAUUGCCGACCCACCCACUUUGCAGAAAGUAUCCUUCAGUCUGGUCGAAGCUCAACCUAAGAUGAAGAUCGUUACGGCAAUCUUCAGUGUGUUCCAUCUGCUGCCGAGCCAAGCAGCGCAAUUCCUGCAGGAUCUUGUUGAUCGCGUCCUCUCCCUUGAGGUGACUUUGAGGAGAACUCGCAGCAGUCCGUUCCGGGAACCUCUCAUCAAGUACCUCAACCACUAUCCCAAUGAGGCUUGGACAUACUUCAGCGAAAAGCUCAAGGACGAGCGUCGUGGCCGUUUCUUCGCUCAGAUACUGGCCGAUGUGGAAAGUGGCCCUCUCCGCGAGAAGGUGAUCAAAGAAGUCGACGGACUUCUAGACACGUUCCAAGGAGCGGGUACGGACAAUGAGAAGUCUCAGUCUGCAGUGAACGCCAUCGCCGUAGUUCACGCUAUAUGUCAACACAGCGAACACGGAAAGCAGCUCCUAGAGAAUGAUAAGGCACGCAAGGCAUUCUUGGAGGCCGCAAAGUCGCUCCAAACGCAACAGCAGCAGAACACGUUGCCCAGUAAUCUGCGUCUGGCAGUCAUGCAGAGCGCUGAACAGAUCAUUGACAUUAUGACCAACUACAUGAGAGGGAGGCAGAACGAUCUUGCCACCCUUUUCGAGAUCUUUGAUGCUUGCACCAAGGGCGAGCUCCUUGCAUGUCCGUCACUUUUCUCCUACCUCUACAGCCACGUCAUCAAGAAUGACUCCGUGGAUUACCAUCGAUCGAUCUUGAAUCGUUGCAUCGAGGUCUACACAAGCAAGGACACGACACAGAAGCUGAAGUGGUUCGUUUUCCACAACUUGCUAAAUCCAAUCUUAGCCAACGAUGUCAUGCGCAAUUGGGACAUCUUGUUCCAACCAAAUCAAAAGGGUACAGCGCUUCUGGACAAGACAAUGGCCGAGGAGAUACACAACAAGCUCUGGCGGCCGCAGUCUGUCGCUGACAUGACUGAUGACAACACGCAAGGCGUUGACCACAGUCGAAUGGAGCUUCUGCAAACAUCGGCCUUCCUGAUCAAGUAUCAUCACAACAUGCUCCAAGACACUAGGAAAGAUCUCAUCAAGUUCGGAUGGAACUAUAUCCGCCUGGAAGACCACAUCAACAAAUUCGCGUCCUACUGCUUGAUAUCUUACUUCAUCCACCACUACGAAACGCCACCCAAGAUCGCAAUGCAAGUCUACAACAGUCUCCUGCGUGCACACCAAACCGAAGGACGCAAUCUCGUGAUGCAGUCACUGGAGGUGCUUGAGCCUGUGCUCAAGAAGCGACUCGGUGGACAAGACGGCCGGCAGAACGUGUGGGCUCGAUUGCCACGCAAGAUACUGGCUGAGGAAGUGGGUAACACGCAGCAACUGACAAACAUCUUCCAAUUUGUGGUGCGGCACCCAGACCUCUUCUACGAAGCCAGAGACCAAUUCGCAUCGAUCAUAAUACCAUCUAUCAGCAAAGUUGUGACGCUGCCUUCGGCAAGUGUAGAGAACAGGAAGCUUGCGCUGAACCUUUUCACCUUGAUGCUGCAGUGGGAGGAGCGCACUGUGAAGGAGCACGGGUCGCUUGCAGGCAGCGACUCACCGAAUGACGAGCCAAACGCCAACCUGAAGAAGGGCGCCGUCGCAAGCCCAGCGCUUCGACUCAUGCUGAUUAAAUACAUGGUGCAGUUCAUCGCAACGUUACAGGCCACACUUCCAGGCUCUCCACCUCGCAAAGAGACAAGCAGCACCAAGCCGCAACUAUCUCUGGAGCAGGAGCUUCCCAUCAAGGUGCUUGAUCUUCUGUACAAGCUCUUGUCACGGCCAUACUGGGACGAUCUUGAUGUGGAUGCCAUGUUCCCAAAGGUGACAGAGCAAAUCUUGUGCCAAGAUCACAAGCAGGAUGACAAGGGCGAUACGUGGACAAUUCGUGUCGUUAACACCGUCCAGAUUCUGAAGGUUCUGAUCAACGCUAGGUCUGAUGAUUGGGUGCUUGGGCGUCUGCCGCAACUGCAAAGGUUGCUUGCUAAGCCUCUACGCAAUGAGAACCCCUUGGUCCAAGACGCCCUUCACAAUGCUGAAGUCGGAGAGCAUGUGGUACCAAAGCUCCCCCCUCUGCUCCAGCGAGCGCUUCAGCCUAUUCCCAUACAGACAGCGGAUGAGGAACUCCCCGAUGCAGAUAGCCCGACGGAAGACUUCAUCACAUUCUUGACCACAACAGCAGGCGAGCUCUUGAACAAUGGUAGCAACGUGGCAGCCAUCAACAUUUUAUGGGUCAUGGCACAACGCAAGCCUGAAGACAUCGACCCGCACAUUCCAGCGCUUCUGAAGGCUCUGCAGACGAAAUUGGCCAAGGAUCACCUGAGCACGCAACUGUCACCACAAGCUGCAAUGGCACAGGGCAUCCAGCCCAAUUCUGCAAGCUCUCAAGAGAUGGAGACCACAACAAACCUCAUCAUCAAAGUCAUUGAAAUGCUCUCCUCACGCAUCAGUACGCUGGGUGAAACGCGGAGACCGUAUCUUAGUGUGUUGGCCUCGCUUGUGGAACGCUCGACGAAUAACGAGCUGUGUGAGAAGAUCUUGGAUCAGGUGGAGCAGUGGGUCUUCAAUCCCACAGAACCUGUUCCUACACUCAAGGAGAAGACAGCAGUCUUGCAGAAAAUGCUCCUGUUCGAGGGUCGUCCAGACCAGACCAUGUAUCAGAAGUUCAUGAACCUCGUCAUCCGCAUCUACGAGGACCAGAAGAUCACUCGCUCGGAGCUGGCCGUGCGCAUGGAGCAUGCGUUCUUGAUUGGACUACGCAGCCAGGAUGUGGAAAUGCGGACGAGAUUUCAAACCAUCUACGACAAGGCGCUCAGCCGCUCUACGAGCAAUCGCUUCUUCAAGCUCAUCAGCGAACAGCAAUGGGAUGUGUUGUGCGAGUCCUUCUGGCUGAGUCAAGUCAUUCAGCUCAUGUUCGGUUCUUUCGACCAAAACGCGAUGCUGCAUCUUCAUCACGAGGACUUCAGAUGUCUGCCAGCCUCAAGUGCGCUGAGCACAUACACCAGCGAUGCACGACUUGGCGACGUCAUGAUAGACGACAGUCUCGAGGAGAUGCUUGUGAAAGAAAAGCAGUUCAUGAAUGAGAUCAAUGCCGUGCGAGCCCGCGAUGUCCUCGGACCUAUGGCUGACUUGCAGCACACCGAUUGGCAACUCGCACACGAGAUCUGGGUCGCCUACUUCCCGGUGUGCUGGUCUACCCUUGCUAAGGACGAUCGCGAGGACAUCGAGCAGGGCCUCGUGGCACUUCUUACUAAGGACUUCCACCAGAGACAGAUAGACCGUCGCCCAAAUUGUGUAUCAUCACUGCUCGAAGGUAUCGCACAAGCCAAGCCGAGGGUCAAGUUCCCGCCGCACGUCAUGAAGUAUCUGGCAAAGUCUUACGAUGCAUGGUAUGUAGCUGCAACCUUCAUGGAGGACCUCGCCAUGAAACCCGUCGUGGACACCACUGCUGUCAGGGAAAGCAACCUCGAUGCACUUGUUGAGACAUACGCCAGCCUCGAGGAAAGCGAUCUCUUUUAUGGUACAUGGCGCCGCAGAGCAGCCUACGUCGAGACCAAUGCUGCUUUGAGCUAUGAGCAGAACGGCAUCUGGGACAAGGCGCAGGCCAUGUACGAGCAAGCUCAGGUGAAGGCUCGCACGGGCACUCUGCCAUACUCAGCAGGCGAGUACAUGCUAUGGGAAGACCAGUGGGUCCUGUGCGCGCAAAAGCUCCAACAGUGGGACAUCCUGGGAGAGUUCGCCAAGCACGAGAACCUCAACGACCUUUACCUCGAGGCGAUGUGGCGAAAUUACGACACAUGGACCAAUAACGAGCACCGAGAUCAUCUGGAGACUGUCAUCAAGGGAGUGUCUGACGCUCCGACACCUAGGCGGAUGUUCUUCCAGGCGUUCACAUCGCUCCUCAAGCUGCACAACAAGACUGAGAAUCCUCCCGACUUCGCCCGCGUCUGCGAUGAGAACAUUCAGCUCUCCAUCAAGAACUGGCACAAGCUACCGCGCCGCAUCACCAACGCGCAUCUCGGCCUGCUGCAGAACUUCCAGCAGCUCGUGGAGCUUCAUGAUGCUAGCGUCAUCUGCCAAAGCUUGGCUCAAACCAAUGCCGCAAAUCUUGAUGUGAAGUCGCAAGAGCUCAAGGUCCUACUUAGUACGUGGCGUGACCGUUUGCCAAACCUCUGGGACGACAUCAAUGCCUGGCAAGACUUAGUAACGUGGCGCCAACAUAUUUUCCAGCUCAUCAAUGGCACUUACCUCAAUCUGCUCCCGAACAAUUGCGGGAAUGCGACUGGUAACAGCUACGCGUAUCGUGGCUACCACGAGACGGCCUGGAUCAUCAAUCGCUUUGCGCAUGUCGCGCGGAAGCACCAAAUGCCGGAUGUUUGCAUCACGCAGCUCAGCAAGAUCUACACACUGCCGAAUAUCGAGAUUCAAGAAGCAUUCUUGAAGCUGCGGGAGCAGGCCAAGUGUCACUACCAGAACCGCAGUGAGCUGACGAAUGGACUCGAUGUCAUCAACAACACCAAUCUGAACUACUUUGGUCAGCAGCAGAAGGCAGAAUUCUACACGCUCAAGGGCAUGUUCCUAAGCAAGCUCAAUCAGAAAGACGAAGCCAGUGACGCGUUCGGAACGGCAUUGUUCUUCGACAUCAAGCUACCCAAAGCGUGGGCCGAAUGGGGUCGAUAUAGUGAUCAGCUCUUCAAGGACGACCCGCAGGACAUGGAGAAGGGCUCGAAUGCCUUGAGCUGUUAUCUCGAAGCUGCUGGCCAGUACAAGAGCGCCAAAUCUCGCAAGUUGCUCAGCCGAAUUCUGUGGUUGUUGAGUCUGGACGACGCCGAAGGUCAAUUAUCUCAGAAGUUCCACGACUACCAUGGCGAUCAUCCUUGGUGGUACUGGGUGACUUUCAUCCCGCAGUUGCUCAACAACCUGUCAAGAACUGAGAGUGAAGCCAACAUUGCGCACUACAUCCUGACAAAUCUGGCAAAGACGUACCCACAGGCGCUGCACUUCCAGCUGAGAACGUCACAUGAAGAUAUGCAGGUCAUCAGGAGGUCUCAAACCUUGCGUGAGCAGAAGGAGAAGGCCAUGAAGGCAAAGCAACAAACAGGUGAAACUGUCAAGCAAGAGUCCCCUGCAAGACCAGAAAGCGGCACCCCGAGUGGUCAAUCCCGACCUGGGACAGCCGCCGGUGAGCAGAGUCAAGCGAACGGAAAUGCGACCGAGGAGACCAAGAAGGAGCCUGGCCAAGAAGAAAAGAAAGACGACGAGCAGAAGAAGCCUAAGAAGCCAUGGGAGCACACGGAGGCACUGGUAAUAACUUUGCGCACUGCCUUCCCGUUGCUCUAUGCGUCAAUGGAGGCUAUGGUAGAGCAGGUCCAGCGGCAUUUCAAGUGUCCUCCAGAUGAGGAUGCGUAUCGUCUGAUCGUGGCGCUGCUCAACGAUGCGCUCAGUUACGUGGGACGAUCGCCGCACUCUUUCACACAAGAGAACAAGCUUCCGCCGCAGACUGAAGCUAAUAUCACACGCUUCGCUGAGAGCAUCUUGCCGCCGCACAUAAGAAAGGCGUUCGAGCAAGAUUUCGUCACGAAGAAGCCUACGAUGUACGAGUACAUCGUCAAGUUGCGGAGAUGGCGCGACAAGUUGGCAGAACGACUCGAUCGUCGCCCCAACACGAUGCACCUCGCGGAAAACACUCAUCUGAGCAGCUUUAAGUUUGUUUGGUUCGAUGAGGUUGAGAUUCCCGGCCAAUAUCUCCAGCACAAGGAUAAGAACCAGGACUUUGUGCGCAUCGAGCGCUUCUUGCCGAUUGUGGAUCUGGUACGUGGUGUUGCCAGUUGUCAUCGACGACUCAAGAUUCGCGGCCAUGACGGUAGUGUCCAUCCGUUCGCGAUCCAACAUCCCGCACCUAGACACAGCAGGCGCGAGGAGAGAGUCCUGCAGCUCUUCAGAAUCUUCAACAGCACAUUGUCGAAGAAGAAGGAGAGUAGGCGCCGCAAUCUGCAGUUCCAUCUGCCCGUCAUGGUUCCGCUGAGUCCACAGAUCCGCAUGAUCCAGGACGAUGAGUCGUACGUCACCCUCCAGGCCGUCUACGAGGACUUCUGUCGCCGCAACGAGCUCGACAAGGACGAUCCGAUCAUGUUCACCAUGGACAAGAUGCGUGGCGUCACUCCUCAGAAGCAGGAAGCUUGGCUCAACAUGCGCAUGGAGGCUCUCAAUCAUGUGCAGGAGAAGAUGGUGCCAAAGGAGGUCGUGCGGGAGUACUUUGCUGCCACCUACCCAUCAUACGACUCUUUCUGGCUGUUCCGCCGACAAUUCUCCUACCAGCUUGCGGCAUUGACGUACAUCACAUUCACGAUGUUCAUGACCGUGCGCUACCCGAACAAGAUGCACAUCUCGCGCUGCAACGGGAACAUCUGGGGCUCUGAGCUGCUUCCGUUCACGAUGGCCAACCGUCCAAUCUUCCAUCAGCCAGAGCCAGUGCCGUUCCGCCUCACACCGAACUUGCAGGUCCUUAUGGGUCCAAUCCACACCGAAGGCAUCUUCACCUGCGCGCUGAUGGCCAUUGCUCGCUGCUUGACAUCGGACAGCUCCUCGUCGACUACAUCGCAGACACCUGCUGCGAACGGAGCAAAUGCGGCUGCGGCGUCAACUGAUAGCACCAAUUGCGAGCUUGAGCACCACCUCUCGAUCUUCAUUCGAGAUGAGAUUCAGUUCUGGUUUACAUCUACCCACCGUCAGAACAUCAAGGAGAAUGAGAUGCGCGAGCACGUCUUGAGAAAUGCCGAGGCGAUUGUCAAUAAAGCAGUCGCAAUUGCCAAGGAGCCUACUGGCAACAAUCUGCCCGCGAGCCAGAGUGUGUUGGAUCUGGUCGCGAAGGCUACGAACCCGGAGAAAUUGAGUCAGACGGAGCUUUUGUGGAUGCCGUGGUUGUAA